UUUGCGUGACAAUACUGGUAGCUAAAUGUAGCAGCUUGCAUCACUAAGCAUUUGUUUGCUUUUAUAGCUUUUCUAGUUCUAGCCUUUCUAUCCCGUAGUAAAAUCAAGAUACUUUUUAGAAGGAGAGAUGAGUAUCUUUAACCUUGUAAAGUGUCUUGUAGUCUUCGUAAGUGUUACCCUUGCACAAGAAGUCAACUUCACUAAAGUGGUUACAACUGAAUAUGGUCCUGUGCGAGGGAAAAUAACCUUACUUCAAAACGGCAUGGAAGCAAGCAGCUACCUCGCAUUUCCCUUCGCUCAAGCAAAACGAUUCGAGCGACCUACAUCACCAAAGACAUGGACAACACCGAUCAAUGCCACAGAACACGGCAACAUGUGCCCCCAGUUUCUCAUCCCUGGUCUUCCUCCUACAAUGAAGCCGGAUGAAGACUGCCUUACUAUUAGUGUAUAUGCACCAGCAUCAGCGAACGAGAACUCGAAUCUUCCCGUCCUUCACUGGAUACACGGAGGAGGUUACAUGUUCGGAUUUUCAGCCAUGUACGAUGGUAGUGUAUUAGCAACUGAGAGAAACGUGAUUGUCGUUGCAUCUCAGUAUCGUGUGGGAUCAUUUGCAUGGCUUAGUACCGGUACUAAAGAUCUAUCAGGAAACCUUGGGAUGUUUGAUAUGGUGGAGGCAUUACAAUGGACCAAAAGAAACAUUAAAAGUUUUGGUGGCAAUCCUGACCAAGUCACACUCAUUGGCCAAUCAGCAGGUGGUAUUGCUGUGUCAACUUUAAUGCUGUCUCCCUUGACUGAAGGUCUCUUCAAGAAUGUGAUUAUCAUGAGUGGGUAUGCCAACAUGAUCCUAGCAGUGCAGAAACCAGAGGAGGCAUUACAAGUUGCCAGAGAGUUUGGCGAACACUUAGGAUGCACAGACAUGCCAAGCCUCAAGGAGUGCGCCAAACAGAAGACAAUGGAAGAUAUCAUUCAAGCUCAGUCUAAGGUGGUGCCUAAAGAAUUCUACGCUCGGUUUUCCCCUGUGGUAGACGGGGAGUUUUUACUUGAUCUACCAACUAAUCUCAUUGCUGAGGGGAAAUUUAGAAAGACAAAUGUGAUGGUUUGUUUUACCGAUGACGAUGGCGGCACGCUGAUGGGAACUGCCCCAGGAUUGUUUAACGGUUUGAAGACAGAUGAUGGUUUAACACGAGAGGAGUUUCUAAACUACACCCAACGAACCUUCUUUGUGAGGGACCAGAAUCCUGAGAUAGUAGCAGCAAUAGUUCAAGAAUAUACAGAUUGGACUGAUGUUGAUAACAUCAAUAAGACUAGAAGGRGUGUGUUCGAACUAACCACAGACAUGGGAUUCAGGGUACCUGGUUUAGUGGCCUCCCAAGCAUUUGCCAAGAAAAACAUAAACACCUUCGUCUACCAGUUUGAUUACAAGGUGCCAAAGAUGUUUGACGGUACAGCAAGACCAGAAUGGAUGGGAGCUUACCAUGGUGCUGAUCUGUUCUAUCUUUUUGGACCCUCCAGCUGGUUCACUCAAAUUGUCUCUACGUUUGGCAAUGAAAGCGAUCAGUUUGGAAGAACAUACAGAGAGUUUAUUGGGAAUUUUGCAGCCACUGGCGAUCCAAACCCUUCAAAUUCCAACCAAUGGCCUAAGUUUACGACUAACGAUCAGAAGGUUCUGCUGUUGCAUCCAAAUCCAACCGUCACGGAAAAACUUGUGGCAGAUAAAGUCGCUUUUUGGAAUGAGUUUAUUCCAAAACUACAAAGAAAAACACCUUCAGUGGAGAAACCAAACGACGAUCAGGACAAAAUGGUGAAGACCCUCACAGCUCUGACAGUAGUGUUUGCUGUUCUGUUCAUUUUAAUGCUGAUUGUAGUCAUUGCUUUUUAUAUGAAGAACAAGAGAAGUGAAACCAAAUUUCUCACCUAUCAGAAGAGUUAUUGAGUUUGUAAACUAAGGUCAAACGUCGAACUUCGACACGAGCCGAACAUAAUGACUAAAAAAGACGAUUGCCUGGCUUAUUCAUUGUUUUUACUCGCCUUCAUGUGGAGAGUCCGACGUUAAACCGUACUCUAAGAUACCGAGCUUUUUUUACAGUGCACUCAGAAAAAAWUUUUAAUGUCACAAAGCUGGUGCUGAUUUCAAAGUAAAGGCCCGUUUGAACAGGCGAUGUUUUCGGCCAUUUUCAGCGCGAUUUGCACUGAGAUUCUUGCGAUUGACGUGCGGUCAUAAAUCGCUCAUGUAAACUACCGGCGACUUUGAGGCGAUUUGAUAAAUUCACGUCGCCACUAUUUUAAACAUGAUUGUUCGAAUUUAGUGCGAUUUUUCGAAAAAAUCGCCUGCCCAAAAUAUUGCUAAACCAAGUUGUUUUUUAGGCUUGUUUUGAAUAAGGGUAACUCCUAAUGUACUCCUACGCUCUCUUUUUAACCUGAAAUACAAAAAAAUUAACUAAAAGAAACUCAUUUUUAAUUCUUGAUCUUACUAAUGUUUAAUUUCUCAGGAUUAGCCUGUCUAUAUGAGGAUGUAUAAUUAUGGUAUUUGCCCUAAGAGGGGCAAAGUGUACGCUUAAUUUCUUGUUAAUAGAUUUUUAUGAUUUAUGUUUCGAAAGAUUUAAUACAGGACUGAAUCAAUA